AUGGCCUCAAUCUCAGAGUCUACCUUAAAACAAUAUAGUUCGGGUUUAAAACUAUGGUGGGAGUAUUGCUCUACCAAGAAAGCAGAUCCCUAUUCGGUUUCAGUAGUAACCGUCUUAGAGUUUCUAACCUAUCAUUUUAAGAAAGGAGCAUCUUAUAGUUCUUUAAAUACUUAUCGGUCUGCUAUAGCUCAAGUAGCGGGGCGAGACUUGGCACAGGAUUACAGGAUUCAGAAAUUUUUCAAAGGAGUCUAUAUGCUUAGACCAAGUUUACCGAAAUAUCAAAAUACUUGGGAUCCAGUAGUUUCAAAUUUUCUAAGGGAAUGGAAAAACAAAGAUAUCACUUUGAGGAAAUUGACCCAAAAACUUGUAACCCUUUUAUCAUUGGCCACAGGUCAACGUCUUCAAACUUUAUCCCUUAUAGAAAUCACGCACAUUUAUAAAUCAGAGAUCGAAAUAAAUAUAGCGGUGCCCCAAAGAAUUAAGACCUCUGGUAAAGAUCAAUCCCAGCCAUUUUCCCACCUUCCUUUUUUAAACUCGGAUCCGGAAGUUUGUGUGGCUAGGGUAAUCCUUACCUAUCUUGAGAAAACAGAAAAUCUAAGGGGUUCUGAAACAAGUUUAAUUCUAACCAGCAAAAUGCCUUGCCGUAGAGCAUCUACGCAGACCUUAAGUCGCUGGAUUAAGAUUAUUUUAGAUAAAAGUGGCAUUGACGUACACAAAUUUUCUGCGCACAGUACCAGGCAUGCGGCGACGUCUGCUGCAAAAAGAAAAGGGCUAAAUAUGGACACAAUUCGUCUUUUCGCGGGUUGGUCUAGAGACUCUAGGAUGUUUGCUCAAGUAUAUAAUAGGCCACUAUUGUCAGAUCAAACAUUUGCAGAAGCUGUACUUACAUGUUAGUUAUUAAAUUUUUUUCUGAAAGAUGAUGUUACUUACAGGGUUAUAAUUACAUAUAUUACUUACUUACUAUUAACUAACACCAUUAUUACUAUUACUAUUAUUAUUGUUACUUAUAUUGCUUAUGUAAUAUGACAUUGUGAACAUAAAUGAUAUACCUACCAUAGGUAAUAUGCAAUAUUAUAUAGGUAGUUCAUUUUCUGUUUGAAAUAGAAAAUUCGCAAUGUAUGCAGUCUCUAAUUGUUGCAAUAAACUCUAAAUAUCUACGUAUUACUAUUUUUCGAGACGGGGCCGAAUAUAAUCAUAAGAUCAAACGAACUUACCUGUGAUGUUCGAUCUUGAUUAUAU